CUCGACGCCGCGCUCGACUCGCGCCGCCACCACCACCGUGCUCCCGAUAACGUAUGAUGACUGCCGCCGACACGCUGCUGGACCAGCUCACACACCUGCGCGCCGCGCUCGACGCCGCGCUCGACUCGCGCCGCCACCACCACCGUGCUCCCGGUAACGUAUGAUGACUGCCGCCGACACGCUGCUGGACCAGCUCACACACCUGCGCGCCGCGCUCGACGCCGCGCUCGACUCGCGCCGCCACCACCACCGUGCUCCCGGUAACGUAUGAUGACUGCCGCCGACACGCUGCUGGACCAGCUCACACACCUGCGCGCCGCGCUCGACGCCGCGCUCGACUCGCGCCGCCACCACCACCGUGCUCCCGGUAACGUAUGAUGACUGCCGCCGACACGCUGCUGGACCAGCUCACACACCUGCGCGCCGCGCUCGACGCCGCGCUCGACUCGCGCCGCCACCACCACCGUGCUCCCGGUAACGUAUGAUGACUGCCGCCGACACGCUGCUGGACCAGCUCACACACCUGCGCGCCGCGCUCGACGCCGCGCUCGACUCGCGCCGCCACCACCACCGUGCUCCCGGUAACGUAUGAUGACUGCCGCCGACACGCUGCUGGACCAGCUCACACACCUGCGCGCCGCGCUCGACGCCGCGCUCGACUCGCGCCGCCACCACCACCGUGCUCCCGGUAACGUAUGAUGACUGCCGCCGACACGCUGCUGGACCAGCUCACACACCUGCGCGCCGCGCUCGACGCCGCGCUCGACUCGCGCCGCCACCACCACCGUGCUCCCGGUAACGUAUGAUGACUGCCGCCGACACGCUGCUGGACCAGCUCACACACCUGCGCGCCGCGCUCGACGCCGCGCUCGACUCGCGCCGCCACCACCACCGUGCUCCCGGUAACGUAUGAUGACUGCCGCCGACACGCUGCUGGACCAGCUCACACACCUGCGCGCCGCGCUCGACGCCGCGCUCGACUCGCGCCGCCACCACCACCGUGCUCCCGGCUCCACAGAUUCCCUAUACUGGAAACAAAAAUACUCCUGGAAUACCAUUAAGAAAGCCAAAGAACAAUGCAACGCCAAACUUAAGUCCGCUGACAUUAAGCGAAAACUUACUCACCUUACGCCCAAACCGCAGAAAAAGUUGACAUAUGAACAAUGCAUCAACUACAGCGGCGUCGGUCGAGUGAAAAAAAUCACAGACUACUUUGAACACAUAUCUAAAAACUCCGUAGAAAACAAGCUAAGAAUAGAUAAAGACCAUUGGCGAUCGAACGAUUGCUUCUCGAAAUUCAACCUUAACGCUACGUACAAUAAGACUAUUCCUAGAAUAAAGAAACCUGUGAUAGCUAGAAGCCCCGCGAAUUUCCAUUCAGAGUGGAAGGAUGCGUUGAAACAGAGCGCGCACUGCCGGGGCGUGCAGAGUACUAAUAUGUUGAGUAGUGUGGGAGACUCCUUGAGGCUGUUGCUGCUGCAUUAUAUUAUGUGAUAGGUGUA